AUGCCAACGCCCUGGUGCAGAGAGCGGGGAGGCGCGCGCAGCGGGGCAGCCACCGUCGCGCCCCGGACCGGCCGCAAUACAUUAGCGGCGACACCUGUCCGCCGAGGGACCGCUGACGGACCAAGCCGGGCAGAGGGGGCAGCCCCCACAGGCACCAUGCUCUUCGGCGCUCAUCUGGUGGAGGACCCGGACCCCGAGGCGACGCGGUUCGGGCUGAAGAGGGACGUGCCCCACUCGCCGGCGCCGACGCCCUUCACGCAGUUCCUGCGGUCGUCGCGAUUUGUGAAUGCGCCGGCGCCGGCGCCCGCCGGGCAGCUCUUCCCCGUGGUCCAGAUGCCGCGGGUCACGGACACGUCCAAUUUAGAAUUCUCGCUGGACAAAACGCUCGAGGGCAUCUACGCCCGAGAAAGGCAGGAGCAAUUGCAGCUGAAAACGCUCCAGACGAAGCUCAAGCUGACCGACGAACAGGCCGCCGAGAUGGACCUGCUAGGAGCCGUCCGCAAAGAAUUAGCGAGACAAAGGGCGGAGAACGGCGAGCCCGACGAGUUACCAAAUCCCAUCGUCGAGAAGCUCCAGAAGACGCUGCGAGAAUUGCCACCUUUACCGGACAAAAGGAAGAAGAAGAAGCGGCCGCCCCUUCCUCGUCGAAGGAGGAAGCCUCCUCAGAUGUCUGAAGUGGAAAUGUUAAGGAGAGAAAUGGCCAAGUCGAGGGCGAAGGCUCAGGUCUUGGAGAAGGAGAUGUGUCUGUCGGCCUCGAAGGCCAUGGGGGUCACAGGGCCUAGAGUGUUCCAAUCCGGCAGAUUCAGUCAUGCGGAGGCCUACGUCCAGGCCGCGGGCUUCGACACGCUCGUCAAGACCGUCACAAGGUUACUCAACGCUCAGUUAGGUGCUGGUUGGACGAAGUGGCGGGAUUUCAUCAAGUACGACCGCUGGGAGGAGGCCCAGCGCAAGUUCAUGAUGAAGCAUGCUGCUGCCGAAGUGUGGAAUGGGAUUCAAGAAACAUUCAACAGGUUGAUCGGCAUGCGCUGGGACCGGUGGACGACCGUCGUCCAUCAGCAGCGAUUGGAGGAGAAUCGGGUCGUGGCGGACCGGAACGCUACGACGGUCGGUAGGUAUGUGCGCGGGCACAUGGCUCGCUUGUAUGUGGUUAAACUGGUCGCGGCGCGCUUGGCUUUGCGACGGUACAAUGCCGCUUGUGUUAUCCAAACGGAGGAGCGCCGGCUCCAGGCUACUGAAAGAGUGGAACGACUACGAGUUAAACGAGAACGUUAUGUGGCGGCGACGAUGAUCCAGUCUAUUGCCAGGCGUAUGUUCGGGAAGCGCCGGUUCGCUUAUGAGAAAGAGCUCGCUAGGCACGUCGCGUCUGCCGUCUUGGUCCAGAACUCGUGGCGCCGGAACAAGUCUUUAAGGUUAGUGCGACGGGUCCUGCGCUUCAACCGACGAGAGAAAGCCGCUUGCAUGAUCCAGUGCCGCCAGCGCCAGCGCACAGCUAAAAAACGCCACGACGCGUUGAAGCUCGCGAAGGACCGGAGGGACGCUUCCACUAAGAUCCAAUCGCUCGCGCGGGCGGUCUUCGCGCGCGUGUUGGCGGACGAAUUGUACGAAGCACGGGAAAAAUACGAAAACGACCGCUACGACGCCGCGACGUAUCUACAGGGCGCCUGGCGCGCGCGGGAAGCGCGCGUGCUCUUCGGUUCUAAAUUAAGGAAGCUCAUGGAGCGGCGGCGGCUCGAGGCGCGGUCCCAAGCGUGCAUCGCGAAGUGGCACCGGGGGUGGAUGGGUCGCUUACUGCGUGGAAAUCAAAACUUCGUCUGCGCGACGACUCACCGAUUGAUGCACACAGGCCGCACGCGCUUCGCCGACGAAAAGAAGAAGCGCCUGAAGAGCAUGUGCGCCGAGGCGAAGAAGGUCGAGGAGCUCUGGGACGACCAGGGCGCGGCCUUCUACUACUAUGACACCGUCAGGAACCAGUCGUUCCAUGAACCUCCAAAAACUGGCUAUAAGCGGAGAGAUGAACUGUUAGUCCUAGCGACCGGCGAAGCCGUCGAGGACCCGGACCACGUGUUGAACGAUCAACAACAAGCGGCGAACGCCGCCGCCGACGCCGCGAAGUUGUUGUUUGGCUUGUAUUCCGAGAAGGCUUCGAAACCGAUGGAGGAGCUCCAGGGCUUCCUCCAGGAGCGGUUAGCUUUAGGAGGGGCCGCUUCGGAUGUGAGGAUGGUGCAGGAUGAGAGGUUUAAUGAAACUUGCUCUACCCUAGAAACGUUGUCGAACGAACUAUAUUAUGCUGGCAGGUUAGGCAGACCGGGCGCGAAGCCUCCUGUGAGGGUGGAACAGGAAGCUCUCCAACAGGAGCUUGAGAAGCGAGUCCAGGAGGCGCUGUUGCAACAGCAGUCGUCGAUCUACUCGUCAACGGGCUUGGCCGAAGGUUCGACCACCACGGGCACCCUCCACCGCAAGUCCCAGAUCUCCAUGAUGGGCUGGCAGGAGCUCUACGACGACCAGGGGAACAAGUACUGGUACGACGAGGCUACGGGCGCCAGUCAAUAUGAAAACCCUUAUGAAGGCAUGGAAAGACCUUCCCAGAUGACGCAGCAAUCGCCGCCCUCGAAGUUCGAACGGCCCCAGACCUCUUACUCUGAAAGGGCCGCUGGUCUGUCCAGGCCAGAAACUAGAGGAACUGAAGCUUCACAUAAUAGCAUCAUACCUUCGGAGGAGUGGCAGCAGGCCCAAGAUCAUGAAGGCAACUUCUACUGGUACAAUACGCGGACGAACCAGUCGCAGUACGAGGACCCCUAUGAUGGGUCACGACCUGAUACGGCUGGCUACCAGCUAGGCUCGCCGACGGGCGCGACGUACGAUACGAACCAGGGCACCUACGACAACACCUACGACGGGUCGAAUUAUGAUCAAAGCGCGCCGGUCUACGCCCUCGAAGGCGCGGCGCAGUCGCCCUGGUCGAAGCACCAGGACGAGCAGGGCUAUGAUUAUUGGUACAACGCCGAGACGCACGAUAGCACGUACGACGAUCCUCAUGCUUUGCAGGGGUAA